UCUCAGAUUUCUGUGAUAUUGCAAAAAUGCGCAAUCUAAAACUCUUUGAGAGAUUUAAAAGCACCCAAGUCCACGCCUUUACUACACAAGACUCUCCCUCUACAAGCAGCAAUGGUAGCCCUCAAAUCAUGAAGUUCUUAGGCCAUCCCAAAUCUAGUUCCAAAUCCAAAUCUCGUUCACUUCUCCCUCAUGGCUUUCCCACCACAGACCUCCUUGAGCCUCCCUUAGAGUCUUACCUCAAACCUAUCGAUUUGGUGGAGUCAUUAUCAAAUCUCUAUCGGAGAAUCGAGUCCAGUUCGGAAUCCGAGACGUCAAUGCUCUACCUUGAGCAGUACGCUGUUCUCCGCAGUCUCGGUGAUGCAAAGCUCUUGCGUAGGUGUCUGCUCAAUGCUAGGAGGCACGCCAUUGAUGUCCCUUGUAAGGUUGUUUUGUCUGCUUGGUUGAGAUUUUUUAGGAGAGAAUACGAACUUGUGGGAGUUGAAUCUAUGGAUUGUAAUGGUCUUGCUACUGAAUGUCCUAAGACUAGUUUGACUCAUGGUUGUGAUUUGAAUGUAGACGACGAGGGUUGUGAAUGCUCUACUGUAUGUGAGGAUGACUUUUGUAGUGAUGACAUUAAAAUCUCUAGGGCUGAUGAGUUUUCUGGUCUAGAUGAGGUUAGCGAUAUUUCUUUCUGCGUAGGUUCAGAGAAGGCUAAGUGUGUUAGGUCGAGAAUCGCAGCGCUUUCGCGUCCUUUUGAGGCCAUGUUAUAUGGUUCUUUCGUGGAAUCAAGAACUUCUGAGAUUGAUUUCUCGGAAAAUGGCAUCUCAAUUGAGGCAAUGGUUGCACUGAACAUAUAUAGUAGGAUCAAAAGAGUUGAUCUGUUUCGUUUUGAAACUGUCUUUGAGCUGCUUCAGUUAGCCAGCAAGUUCUGUUGCGACGAUCUGAAGUCUGAAUGUGAGGCUCACUUGGCUGCUUCUGUCACUAACCUCGAUAAAGCUUUAACCUUUGUAGAGUAUGCGUUGGAGGAGCGCACAGCGCUUCUCUUAUCUGCUUGCUUGCAGGUGUUUCUGAGAGAGCUUCCUCAGUCUCUUCACAAUCCCAAAGUGAUGAGAUUCUUCUGCAGUUCCGAAGUGAAAGAACAAAUAGCUUUUCUGGGUUCAGAGUGUUUGUUCCUGUUGUACUACUUCCUCAGCCAAGUAGGCAUGGAAGAGAAACUCACGACGGAGCCUAUGCUGAUAUUGCUAGAGAGAACUCGAGAGUUUGCUCGCAAGAACUGGCAAAAGGCUUUAUCUUUGCAUCAAAUGGGAUGUGUUCUGUUUGAGAGAAAGGAUUACAAAGCAGCCCAGUUUCAUUUCAGAUUAGCUUCAAGCUUAGGGCAUGUGUACUCAUUGGCUGGGGUAUCAAGAACUGAAUAUAAACAAGGGAAGAGGUAUUCGGCAUACAAGCUCAUGAACUUUCUCAUCUCCAAUCACAAGCCACAUGGAUGGAUGUACCAGGAAAGAUCUCUGUACAAUGUUGGGGUUGAGAAACUAAAAGAUUUAGCAACCGCCACUGAAUUUGACCCGACACUGACUUUUCCGUACAAGUACAGAGCCGUGAUGAAAUUCGAACAGAAGCAGAUUAAAGAAGCCUUCGAGGAGAUUGAUAGAUUAGUUCAGUUCAAACUUAGUCCAGAAUGUCUCGAGCUGAGGGCUUGGCUAUUUUUAGCCACUGGUGACCGGGAGAGGUGUUUGAGAGAUCUAAGAGCAGUGUUGUCUUUAGAGCCGAAUUAUGUUCUGUUUGGUGGGAAAAUUAGAGAUGAUUUGGUGGAGGCUCUGACCGCGCAAUGUAUUGAAGUAGAGAGUGAAGCGGAUUGUUGGGUGAGGCUUUUCGAUAGAUGGUCAGCUGUGGAUGAUAUUGGGUCGUUGGCUGUUGUUCAUCAGAUGCUUCAGAAUGAUCCCAGCAAAAAUUUUCUGAGGUUUAGACAAUCUCUUCUUCUCUUAAGAUUGAAUUGUCAAGGAGCCGCGAUGAGGUGUUUGCGAAUGGCAUGGAACUUGGCUACUUCUGAGGCAGAGAGGUUGGUCUACGAAGGGUGGCUUUUAUACGACAUGGGUUAUGUGGAAGAAACUCUUACUAAAGCCGAGGAGGCAAUCUCUAUUCAGCGAUCCUUUGAAGCAUUUUUCCUCAAAGCCUAUGCUCUAGCUGACAAGAAUCUCGAUGCAGACGAGGUCUCUUGUGUGGUUCAGGUUCUAGAGGAAGCCCUCAAGUGUCCUUCGGAUGGGCUACGCAAAGGACAGGCUCUGAACAACCUUGGGAGCAUCUACAUCGAUUUGGGGAUGCUAGAUCAAGCUGAAACCGCAUAUAAGAACGCAAUAGAGAUCAAACACACUCGUGCACAUCAAGGGCUGGCGCGAGUUUAUUUCUUGAAGAACCAACGUAAAGAAGCGUGUGAGGAGAUGACAAAGCUGAUCGAGAAGGCGUGUAGCAAAGCUGCAGCCUACGAGAAACGGUCUGAGUACUGUGAACGUGAAAAAGCCAAAGAGGAUCUUGACAUGGCCACAACACUCGACCCUCUGCGAACUUAUCCCUACAGAUAUCGAGCUGCCGUGCUGAUGGAUGAUCAGAGAGAGACAGAAGCAGUGGAAGAGCUGUCAAAGGCGAUAGCUUUCAGACCAGAACUGCAAACGCUGCAUCUCAGAGCAGCAUUUCACGAGGCCACAGGGAAUCUGUCAUUGGCCACUCAAGACUGUGAAGCUGCUCUCUGUUUGGACCCUAACCACACCGAGACGCUCCAUCUCUACAGCAGAUCCAAGGAUCAAGCUUCUUCCAUUGACAACACCAUUUUUGGCUUAGAUUAAUUUGAAGGUAUCAACCAUAUUAUUAUUAUCCCAUUUGUAUAUUUCAUUGGGAUUGAUCUAUACAUAGAUUUAACUUUUAUUUUCUUCUUCUAUACAUGGAUGCCGUAAAUAAACUGCCAUUUAUUAA